GCAUCAAAAGAAAGAGUGGGAAACCCUCUACUCUAUCUAGAGGCUUUUGAUUUUCUCUCAGAGAAGCGAAACAAGAUUUUUGAAGUUUGUCGACGAUGCUCUCAAUCUCUCAGCUGCCGAGUUUCUCGUUAAUCUCCGUCAAAUCUCUUCGUUAUCCUUCUUCUUCUCCUUCUUCGUCUCUCUCUCUCUUCUUCUCCUUCUUCCCUAGGGUUUCUAAUUUCGUCAGAGCAAGUUCCGGAAUCCCCAAUUUGGUCGCCUGUGGUCCGACGGAGAUUAUCAUCCCCAGAGUUAAUAACGCCGGACUCAGAAUCGAGGAGACAGUAGACGCCUUGAAAGGGAAGAUUCGUCUUGAUUCAUGGAUCUCUUCUCGUGUCAAUGGCGUUAGUCGAGCUCGUGUCCAGUCGAGUAUACGAUUGGGACUCGUUACCGUCAAUGGUCGAGUCGUUGAUAAGGUUUCGCACAAUGUCAAAGCUGGCGAUGAGGUUAAUUGUACAAUUUCAGAACUUCAACCUUUGAAAGCUGAAGCUGAAGACAUACCAUUGGAUAUAGUUUAUGAAGAUAAACAUGUUCUUGUUGUUAACAAACCAGCUCACAUGGUUGUUCAUCCUGCGCCUGGGAAUCCUACUGGCACGCUUGUUAAUGGCAUACUUCACCAUUGCAGUCUUCCUUGUGUUUCUUAUUCCAACGCGGAAGAUGAUGAUUCCGAUGAAGAAACUUUUUCAGAUGAUGAAGAGAUGACGACUUCUUCUAGUUCAUAUGCUGCUUCUGUUCGUCCUGGUAUUGUUCAUAGGCUGGAUAAAGGCACAACUGGAUUGCUUGUUGUAGCCAAGGAUGAACAUUCCCAUGCCCAUCUAGCAGAACAGUUUAAGCUACACACAAUUGAGAGAGUUUAUGUAAGUCUUACUACUGGGGUUCCUUCUCCACCACAGGGGCGUAUUGAGAUACCAAUUGGUCGUGAUUCAAGUAAUCGGAUCCGUAUGGCUGCUAUACCUGGAGGAUUAAGCGGUGGAAGAGCCCGCCAUGCUGCUAGUAGGUAUAAGGUAAUCGAAACAUUCGCUGGAGGUGGCUCUGCAUUGGUUGAGUGGAGACUGGAAACCGGCCGUACACAUCAGAUACGUGCUCAUGCUAAGUAUAUGGGAGUUCCUCUAUUGGGUGAUGAAGUGUAUGGUGGAACAAAAAGCAUGGCCCUUUCUCUUCUGCAGAAAAGAGUCUCCCGCAGUGAUCAAGAAGAGAUUGUAGAGCUGAUUUCCAGAAUGGAUAGGCCUUGCCUUCAUGCUAUAGUUCUCGGAUUUACACAUCCGUGCACUGGGGAAAUUGUAAAGUUUUCAUGUCCACCGCCUUCAGAUCUUGCAGAGAUAGUAGGCUUGCUUCGUAGAAGCGGAUUAGAAAAAGUAAAAUAAUCUCUCGAGACAACGAGACAUGUCUCAUCUAAACAAGGGAUAAUCCUCUCUGGGUCAUACUUGACGAAAGAAAAGAGUUAUUCUAAAAUCAAAAGCCUUUUUAAUAGCGUUGUAGAAGUGUAUACAAACUCUACAAUGACAUGAAGGAUAAUUUCACAAA